CUUAACUUGGUCAAUGAUAUUUCAAAAUGGGGUCACUAAGGAUAAUUCUUUUCGUAGCGGCUAUUUCAGUGGAGGUCUACAAUGUAGCCGCUCAGUGUGGUCGCGUGGAGUAUCUUUCGCAACCUUCAUCUGCUGUAGCUACAGCCACACCAAUGAUUCAGCCAAUAAGCCAUUGCAUCAUACCGGCAAUAAUUAAACCAUUUUUGUCAUGUGAAAGUUCUUCUGAGCGAGCACCAGCCUCGCACGACUACAACCAGCAACCGAACUAUCCACCUUACCCCCCGAUGAAUUACAUGCCACCAAUUAUCUACGAAGAUGACGACGACGACGAUUGGCACCAUCUGCUCUACUUCUUACUCUUUGCAAUGAGAAACAGAGGAAAUUCAGGUGGUUAUGGCUCGUACCCUGCACAGAUGCCUUAUACUUUCUACCCUGUUCCAACAGGUUUUGGAUAUAAUGACAACAGAUGCGGUUGUGACGACAAUAAUUCUGGAAGUACUGUUAAUUACAUUCCAUACCCUGUGCCUGUUCAGACCUCGUGUGGAAUCAUGGACUCUACUCAAAAUUAUGGAGACGAUAUCACAAUCAUGCAAUCACCAGCGAUACAAGCACUGAAUGGAAGGGACAAUGAAGUCACCUUACAUAUCAGAACCGAUUAAUAAAUGCGUGAUUGGAAUCCUUGUAAUGUUCUUGAAAUAAAAUUUGAUUCAUUGCAUA